GGACGCAGGGCGGAUCCGUGGUUAUGAUGUCAUUUUACAGACACAGAACACAAGCAGAGACAAGCAACAGGUAUUGAUCAUCUCAGCGGACACUGGUUUGACAGUGUGGACCUACAUACCUGUCUUGGAUCAACAUGACUCACAUUAAAACGUUUCAAGACAUUACCAUGUCAAAGUCAAUGAGAGGUUUGUGUAAAGAGGAAGACUACACGUUUCUGGCAAUGACAGAAAAGAGCACAGAAGGAACUGUUGAAGGAGCUCUGGAGGAGGACUGCAGAGCAAGAAAGGAGGACAGGGUCCGCCGGCGACUGGAGAGAGAGCAACGGGAAAAAGAGAGACUCCGAGAAGUAGAGGAGAUCAAGAAGGAGAAAGAGCAGCAGUGGCGGACUCAUGUAGAAAAACUGACCUCCAACCAAGAGAAGAAUCUGCAAGACAGACUGAAAAGGCUCAGGAGAUUCAGGGACUUCCAGAGGAAGGUGCUGGUGGAGGAGUCGGGGACGGAGGGCCGACUCACGGUCAACCAGCUUCUCACUAGAAUGUAGACUAUUGACAAGUGUGCUUUUUUUUCUGUAGCACUUUAACAUCAUUAAAUGAGCACUUAGUCAACUGAGACAUUGGUGUGAUGGAUGUAAAUGAAUAAGAUAAUGUCUGAAUAAUUUGAGUUUUCUGCCCCCCCUGAAAAAGAUCUGAGAAAGAUUGCCCCAUUGUCAAACAAUCUAACAAUA